AUGGUCAUCCUCAGCUCCGAUGAGCGGUUCGCGGAUCCCCCGCUGUCGGCCACGGCCUACUCCUGGCGCCAGGACGACUCCUGGAAGACGGACAAGCACCUCUGCCUGGAGAAGGUGAAGGAGAACGGCCUCUACCUCGCGACGGCCGCCGAGGAGAUGCGCAGCAACCGGCGCAUCGUCCUCGCGGCCGUGAAGAGCGACGGCCACGCGCUCAACGUCGCGUCCGAGGCGCUGAAGAACGACGAGGAGAUCGUCUUCGCCGCCAUCGAGCAGGACGGCGACAGCCUGUCCUUCGCCGGCGACACGCUCCGGAACCGCAAGGACGUCCUCGAGGCCGCGCUCGGGCGCCCGUUCCUGACCAAGGAGGAGAUGGACCAGGCCGCGCGGGAGACGGAGAAGUACUGCGAGAAGUUCGAGACCUGGGAGUGGAAGCAGGGCGUCAAGAAGGCCCUCGAGGAGGCCGGCUUCCCCCAGCGGUCCAACGAGAUCGACUACAGCUCCUGGAAGGACAAGUACAAGCCCCAGGUCAAGGGCCGCCGCCACCUCAAGAACAACUUCGAGGACGGCCUCGAGGAGGAGGAGACCAACGGGUUCGGGGGCGACGAGUGA